AUGUCAGUUGUGCUUCUUCCUGAAAUCCUUGGUGAAGUGUUCACUUUUUUACCCUAUCGUUUAUUAUUUAAUACAAUCAGGAGAGUUUGUAAAGAAUGGAAUCACUUGAUCACUGAUGGUUCUUCCAUCCGAAACAGUUCAUUGAAAAUUGUUUCUCUCUGUUUUAUGAAAGAGGAGAGAAGACAAGCCUUCUGGGAAUGUUGCAAAGCAGGCUACUUUAAUAAGAGUAUUGAAGAGUUGAUUAUCCGAUUGCCAAAAGAAAUGAUGUGGAAUCAGACAGAGAAGGAAAUAUUGGAUUCCGAUGAUAAUUCACUGUUACACUAUUUUCAGAGUGUUAAAAGUUUGUCCUUGAGAGAUUCUAAAAUUUAUUCUGAUAAUUUUGGUAUGAUGUUGGAGAAUUGCAAAUCAGCUGCAACUCUUGAGGGUAUUACAGAGUUGAGUGUUGAAAAUAAUGGAUUGAAUAAUCUUGAUAUUAAUUUAAUUGCUGAAAAACUUCCUAAUUUAACACAUAUUGAUAUUUCAUCCAAUCCUAUUAAUGAAGGUGGCUUGGAUGUAUUGCUGACCAAUCAAAAGUUAAAGACAAUUUUUGCAGGUGUAAACGAAAUUGAAGAUGAAACAGAUUUGGACAAGAUGAAAUGCACACAAAUUGAAGAGUUAACUAUUAGUAAUACUGAUUUUGGAGAUAGAUAUUUGGAACUUUUAUUUGAUCAUAAGAAGAAUAGAGAUUUAUUGAAGAAUAUGAAGGAGUUAGAUUUGAUGGAUACGUUGCCGUCCGAUGUUGGAUUGUCGUACAUGAAAAACUAUCCAUAUCCAACAAAUAUCACCUUCCUUAAUUUGGAAUAUAAUGAGCUGUUGCCAGAAACUCUUGCCAUUAUCACCCAGAGCCAAGCUCUAUCCAAUUUGAAGACUCUAUUACUUCCAAAUGGAUCUAUUCUUUCUGAGGGGUUUAGCUUGAUUACAAAAUGCCCUUUUUUCAAAAAUGUCACUAAAUUGGAUGUUAGUAAUAACACAAUUGGAGAUGAGGGAUUUAUUCACUUUGGAACAGAAAAUUUCACUCUCAAAAACCUAAUUCAUUUCAAAUGCAAUACUAACACAGUUGGUUAUGAAGGAUAUCAACAUUUUUUCAAGGAACCUUCUCUUUCAGGACUACAAAAGCUUAAGAUUGCAGAUACCAACUUUGAUGAUGACUCUGUGAGUGAAUUGGCGUCUGCAAAUUUGGCUUCCUUGAAAGUUCUUGAUUUUGUAGGAAAUAUUAUAACUGAUAAGGGAUUUGAAACUCUUUCUCAACUCAAGGCACCAAAAUUGGAAAAAAUUUUAUGUGGAGGUUCCAAUGCAACUUCCUACAAGGGAGCAAUUUACUUUUUGGAGAAUUGCUCUCUGCCAAAUCUCAAAUAUUUGGAUAUUGAUUUUUAUGAAGAGUACAAGGAAGAAAAUAAGGAAAUUCUUGAUGGUCCAGAAGUUGUUGAAUUAGUAAAGGCCAAUUCAUUAAAAGUUGCCAAGGUAUUAGUGCAAAGAUUUCCAAGAUUGAAUGGUAUUAAAUAUGACUCAUAUAUCAGUGUUGAGAUAUUGAAAGUAUUCCUUGAUGGAUUAUCAGAACUGAUUUCAUUGUGUAUUCAGGUUAAUUUUAUAGAUGAUGAUCACAUUAUUUUACUGACCAGCCAUCCACAGGCUGCCAAAUUAGAAAAGCUUUACCUUUCAGAUAAUAAGAUUACAGAUGUUGGAGCUAAACUCAUUUCUGAAUGCGCACAGUUCAAGAAUUUACUAGAGCUUUCAUGUGAAGAUAAUUUAUUUACAGAUGAAGGAUGGAAGUUAAUAUUUUCAAGUAGAAAUUUAAUGUCCCUCACAAAAUUAUUUACAGAUUUCAAUGAGAAUGAUAUAGUUGACUGUGAAUUAUUGAAUAUUGAUUAUAUAUCGGCUUCUGAUAAAGAUCUCUAUGAAGAUGCUGAAGAAGAGUAA